CGGCGGGGGUUUCCCUCUUGCCUCCCUCGGCUCCUCAGCAGCUGCGCCUCAGAGAUGAGCAGGAUGAGCUGAGGGCAGCCCGCUAGCUGCAGCUCACGGUCGGGACCUGCCGAACGUAAACCUGCCGUGCCUUCGGGGAACGCACCACGCUAGCUCGGCUCUGCAGAUGCCUUAAAGAGCUCUCCAGGACGGCACCGGGAGAAUCGGUCUGGAACACUCGUCUUCCGACGGUCUGCUCGAAGGACGCGUUGGCUUGGCUGCGAGAAAGUGAUGUUUUCCUGUGGGACUUGUGGAGGCACCACGAACAAGCCUGUUACAAGAGGAGGAUAAGCUGCCUUUCAGAUCAAGGUUAUUUAUAGCUACUGCCAAAAAAGUAAAGGGCUGUUUUAUUAUUCUUACUGUUCUGGAUUUAACUUAUUUCCCCCCACCCCCCAGGAUUUUCUCCGUGCCUUGGUCAGGACCAUACAAGCCACUGUGGAUUCUGUCUUUUUAAGCUGCCACACCAUGUUUUAUUUAUAAAGGAGAUGGGACCCUGCAAGCCAGCUAAAUGGAUUACAGUUAAGCAGUCAUGUACAGAAGAUAAUGUACUGCCUUCUCUAACACUUGUUCAUUUGAAGGCUUAUUUGGGAGAUUUCAGAUACAGAUUCUGACCUGGAAAAAUAAAUGAAGCCUUCCACUGAAUGUUUGACGUAUUUGGCUACUGCUGGUUUCUGCUAUAAUUUGUUUUUGUGUGACAUUGGGACAUUUCUGUUAUUUUCUUACUGAAGCACUUUAUAUUUUGGGGGGGUGGGAAACCUCAUAUCCAGGUAAAGUCAAAUUUAAACGGAUGCACUGAUUAUGAAUGACCUCAGCCACUUCAUAUCUUAUGAUGUAUAUUUUUGUAUCUAUGCAUCUUAUGCUAAGGGCAAGUUUACUGUUUCUUCAGAUUGCUAGUGGUUUUUAAAUGUUUGCCCUGAAUCUGUGAAAACGGAGGUAUACCUGUGUGAACACUUUCAACAUGGGGAAGCCACUUAGCAGGCCAGACUGUCUGCGUCAGAAUCCUUCAUGUGUUGGCAAAGGGGAAGAAGAUGAAGAUCUAAAUAUUGAAGACUGCUACGUUCCCCAGAGGUCUAUCUAUGACACUGUGCGGCUGAAUGAACAGAUUGAUUCAGGCUCCAAGGGCAGCCUCUCUUCGAGGCAUUUCACAGACCGGACCUUACCCUACAGUCACAGAACACUGGACAUCAGUACUUUGUGCUCCAAUGGUGCCCUUACUUCUUCCAGUGUUUUUGAGCUCCGAAGCCGUGAAGCUAACAAGUUAGAUGAAAAAAUGAUCUUUGAUGCUCUUAAACUGAACAGUGAUAUAAUUCGGACAGCUGGGUUACCCAAAGCAAAGUCUCACACCGAAAAGAAGGAACACAGACGAUCCUGGAGAAUGCUUGUGCCACCCAGCUUUCCAGAUUACACUAAUAGAAGUGAAAGCUCCUUUAAUGAAACUGCUGAUCUGUCAGAGGCAGCUAGACUAGGCAAAUGCAAAUGGGGUACGAAUUCUCUUACCUCGGAAGAGGAUGAUUCUGGUUUGUGCAGCCCUCCAACAGAAAGGGAAGAUAAACAAGACACCACCUUAGCAGAGGAGCAAACUCAAACACGAAGUCUGUCUUCUGCAGAAGAUAUCCAUGUAGUAGGUCAGUUCAGACCGUAUAUCCCAGCAAUUUGCAGAGAGCAGCAAGCCCCACUGCUUGCAAGCAUGAGUGUCCCUGUCAAUGAAAACUGCAGACUGGCUUUGCAUGACAUUUUACCCUCUGGAAAAGUAAAACAAAACAAUGCCCAGACUCCUGAGAGUGAUCAGGAAGAGAUGGAGGGGAAAUACUCUCACUUACAUGGUUUCAAAGAGAAAAUUCUGUCACAUGAAGAUCCUCUUGAAGGCGAUGGAAGAAGUAUGGAUAAAAAUGAAGUGGAAAAUACAUAUGAAGUUUAUGAAGAAACUAAAAUACAAGUCACAACAGUAGAGGAGGAUUAUGUGGAUGAUGUAGUUCCUCAUGUAGAUGUUUGUUACACUAAUGCUGCUGUAAAAACUAGUGACUUGGAUUUUGCAAAAUAUGAAAUUUUAUCUGAUACAGAGGAAUGCAGUGUGGUAUGUACAGGCUCAAAUGAAAUGGCAUUUUCUGUUCAACAGCUUGAAUUAGAUAGUACUGUAAACUGCCCAAAAGUUUUCCCAGAGAGAAAUAAAGGCAGUAUCUGGACUACUGGCAUCCAAGACACCUUGGAUACAGUCUGCAAUGGCCUCUUGUCCAACAAGGUAAUUAGAAAAAGAAUAAUAAUCCGUAGAUUUGUGAAAUAAUUGUAAUAUAACCGUAAAUAUAUUUGUUUAAAACUCUUAAGUUUUGCUAUUAUUGCAAAAACGUAACUUUUAAAAAAAUUAAAAAUUAGGCAGAUGCAGUGAUCUGGGUCAUUGGCAUAGCACACGUGGGGCGUCCAAAAUAGGUGAAAUAGUAUUUCUGACUGGGAAAUGAACUGGGGGCAAAGUCUGAGGGGAGUGAUUGUUACUCCAGCUGUUUCGAGCAGGGCUGUUAUUGCCCAGCUGGUGCCUGUUAUCCCGACGUGGAAUGCAUGUCUGCUCUGUGCUGGGUGAGGCAGUGCCAUUCGAGGGCAGCUCCGGCCCCAGUGUUCA